CAGAGGUUUUUAAGUUGAGAUCAUUUCUCUUCUCCUCCCUCCAAUCAUCUCGGAAAUAGCUCCAAUGGAUCCUCCUUUUGGCCACCACCAUCACCACCACCACCACCACGACGGCGAAGAUGAUCGUCAAUCCUUCCCCCCUUCACCGCCACGCAACAAUUUCGCCGGUGCUCCACCACCCCCUGGCCUUUACCAGCCACCGCCUCCUCAUUUCGAUCCCUACGCGUCGUCUCCUCCAGCUCCGGCGCCUUACCGAUCGGAACCUCAAUUCGAUCCCUACGCGCCGUCUCCGCCGGCACCGGCGCCUUACCGAUCAGAACCUUAUUUCGAAGCUCCGUCGCCGCCGCCUCCGUUUGGUCAUGUGAGCCAUGUCGGCCACCACACAUCCAACGAAACCUACCCACCGGAGCACCACCGUUACGGAGGUUACCCGCCGACUAAUUCGGCUCUGGAAAGCCACGGAGACCACACUGGCGUCACGCACGUGUCUCACCAUAGCUCACAUCAGUCCGAUACGCCUUCUGGUUUCCACCACCACCGUCCUGAUCAGAACCGUCUUCCUGAUAAUCUCGCCGGACUCGCCGGAAGACAAACGGUGAAGGUUUAUUCCAAGGCGGAGCCUGACUACUAUCUGACUAUCAGAGACGGUAAGGUCAUUCUCGCUCCAUCCGAUCCAUCUGAUGAAGCUCAGCACUGGUACAAAGACGAGAAGUACAGCCCUCGAGUGAAGGACGAAGAAGGUCAUCCUUGUUUUGCUCUUGUAAACAAGGCCACUGGUGAAGCCAUGAAGCAUUCUGUGGGAGCUACCCAUCCCGUGCAUCUAACCCUAUAUGAUCCUGAUAAGCUCGACGAGUCUGUACUGUGGACAGAGAGCAAGGAUCUUGGAGACGGGUAUCGCAAAAUAAGGAUGGUGAACAAUGUGAGGCUAAACGUUGAUGCAUAUCACGGUGACAGAAAAUCUGGUGGUGUCCGUGAUGGCACAACUAUCGUCCUUUGGGACUGGAACAAAGGAGACAACCAACGUUGGAAGAUCUUUCCUUUCUGAAAAUCGGCGGGUGGAGUGGUUAAAAGUGGUUGUGUGUAUUAUAUAUGAAUAAGAAAGAAAGAAUAGUGGCCAUUUGUUAAUUUUUGUGUUGUAAGACUUGAGUUUGUGCCGUUUGCAUCUGUAAUAUAUUUUACUUGUAUCCCAAGUAUGCAUUCUUACAGAUUUACAUACACUGUAUGCGAUUUAUUUUACUUUUUUCAUAAUGUAUUGUGAAAUCUCUAAAUUUUCUUUUU